UGGAAGUUUAGAGUAGACUGCUAGCCUACUUCAUAAGUCAUCGAGAGUACCUACAGUCAAACUAUUGUCUAUGCUUCUUCUUUAGUCCCAGAACUGAACUGGUGAAGUAUCAAGAUAAUAUAAUAUAAUCGUAAUAAAUGUCGCCUGGAGGGGACACGCAUUUAGGAAUCGCUUUAGUUAUUUACAACUUCGGAUAGGCUUCUUGUUGCUGUUUAUAGUGUGAACUAAAAUUAUUCACUCCUGUUGUAUCGUUAACCUUUUGAAUUCAGUUUUGAAACAACCCAGGAAUAAAGAACGUUAAAGAACCGACCUGUAAGACCGAAUGACUACUGUAAAUUGUAGCGGCAAUGAGGAACUGGACUUCAGACUUAUUUUCGGGGAGGACGCGCAACAACAGCUAGGCCCCACAGGUGAGUUCUUAUUUAUUUUUUUACAAUAUAUCCGCUGUAUUCCACAAAGCCUUAAUAGAAUAUUACAAAGUUACCCAUUUGGUGUUCAUUUACUGUUUGUUUCGCCUUGGCUAGAUUGCGGUAUCUGGUCAUCGAGCAGAACCACGACUGUAGGCUACGGUCAUUGACAUAUGUGUCGGCUACUGUAGCCCUGUACAUAACCUAGGCUAUCAAUUGAGUAGCCUAAUAAGCCUAGAGUAGCCUACAGAUGAAGUUGAAUAAGCAUUAACUUUUUAUAUCUUUAAAUGUUAGGCUUAAGUUCUAACAUAAAAUACCACACUAGUGUUUUAUUAUUGUACUGUAAUCAAUGUGCAUAAUAACCAGUGGCGAUUUUAGCAUGUAAAUCUUGGUUGGGCAAACCCCACCAAAAUAACUAUUUGUUCAGCACUUUUGAAAUGUAUGGCGACAGAAUUCAGAACAUGGUCCGUUCUUACAGUAUUCUCCCUGUACACCAAGUCAAAACCGUAGGAUAAACAGGGUGUAUAUAAGCAGACAAUGAAAGCUCUUACAAUAUUCGAUGAUGACGUUUCUCUAAAACCGGCUAUAGGCUACAUGUGCACCACAAAGUCAGAACAGUAGGCUAACUUAUGAGGUGAAAAGGGGAGCAAAUUAUUAGGGUGAGGCACAUGGGCUACUAACAGCUUACACAACAUACACUUAGUAAUACUUUAUUAGCUACAGUAUACAUAUCUCCCUGGCAUAUUACAUCAUUUAUGCAGCAGCAUACAAUACAUUUUUGGACACACCUUGUUGUGCUGUGCUCACAUGAACAGGAAGGUGGCGCGGCAAUCCUUCUUGUGGGCUCUAGAAAGAGGCCCGAAAUCCCGACUUGGACUUCAGAGUUGGAUGACCAGUUCCGAGUUUCCAGUUGUUUUGAACGCGCCAGAAGUCAUGCUGGAUUGAUAGCAUUGUCAAUGUAUUCAAACUUUUCUGGACUAUGGCGUUACCCCCUUUUUCGUGAUAUCCAAUUGGUAAUUACGAUCGUGUCUCAUCCCUGCAAUUCCCCUAUGGACUCGGCGAAGGUCGAGUGAAGCCGCACUGCUUCUUGACACACUGCUCGCUUAACCCAGAAGCCAGCCACACCAAUGUGUCGGAGGAAACACUGUCAAACUGACGACCGAAGUUGACCGACCGGCCCGCCACAAGGAGUCGCUAGAGCACUAUGAGACAAGGACAUCCCGGCCGGCCAAACCCUCCCCUAACCCGGACGACGCUGGGCUAAUUGUGCGCCGUCGUAUGGGUCUUCAGGUCACGGCCGGCUGUGACACAGCCUGGGAUCGAACCCGGGGCUGCAGUGGCGAUUUAGCACUCAUUGUUAAAUUUGCGAUUUCCAAAUUGUUGUGUAACGUUUAUGUCCAAUGGCCGAUGAGCACCGAUACGUUUUAUCUAUAAUUUCUCUUCAAAUGACAAGGAUUGAAAAGGAUUUGCCAGUAGAUUGCCGACUUGAUGCAUGAUGAUGACUGCUUGUCUUGCUUGCUAGCUAAGAUUUUGAAAGUAUGAUGUUGACAUGAUCAGUCCAAUCAAAGCUAAGGUAGAUAUGCAGUGCCUUGCAAAAGUGUUCAUCCCCCUUGGCGUUUUUUCUAUUUUGUUGCAUUACAACCUGACAUUGAAAUUGAUUUUUAUUUGGAUUUCAUGAAAUGGACAUACACAAAAUAGUCCAAAUCGGUGAAGUGAAAUGAAAAAAAUAACUUGUUUAAAAAAAUUGUUUCAUCUCAGUGCUUGAGGCGUCACUACAGACCCCCUGGUUCGAUUCCAGGCUGUAUCACAAACGGCCGUGAUUGGGAGUCCCAUAGGGCGGCGCACAAUUGGCCCAGCGUCGCCUGGGUUUGGCUGGUGUAGGCCGUCAUUGUAAAUAAGAAUUUGUUCUUAUCUGACUUGCCUAGUUAAAUAAAUAAAAAAUAAAAAUGAAUUGGUGUUUGCCAAAAUGCAUGUGGGAGACUCCCCAAACAUAUGGAAGAAGGUACUCUGGUCAGAUGAGACUAAAAUUGAGCUUUUUGGCCAUCAAGGAAAACGCUAUAUCUGUCGCAAACCCAACACCUCUCAUCACCCCGAGAACACCAUCCCCACAGUGAAGCAUGGUAGUGGCAGGGACUGGGAAACUGGUCAGAAUUGAAGGAAUGAUGGAUGGUGCUAAAUACAGGGAAAUUCUUGAGAGACACCUGUUUCAGUCUUCCAGAGAUUUGAGACUGGGACGGAGGUUCACCUUCCAGCAGGACAAUGACCCUAAGCAUACUGCUAAAGCAACACUUGAGUGGUUUAAGGGGAAACAUUGAAAUGUCUUGGAAUGGCCUAGUCAAAGCCCAGACCUCAAUCCAAUUGAGAAUCUGUGGUAUGACUUAAAGAUUGCUGUAGACCAGCGGAACCCAUCCAACUUGAAGGAGCUGGAGCAGUUUUGCCUUGAUAGUUAUGCACGCUCAAGUUUUCUGUUUUUGUGUAAAUCAAAUGAUACAAACCCCCAAUAAAUCAAUUUUAAUUCCAGGUUGUAAGGAAACAAAAUAGGAAAAAUGCCAAGGGGGGUGAAUACUUUCUCAAGCCACUGUAAUGUGAUUUGAUGUAAUUUUAUCUGUGGCCAAUGACCUUGAGCCUUCUUGGAUGGGCACUUCUAAUGUAAGUCUAUGGCAGCACCCAAGGGGCUUGAAUUUUCGAGCUCUACCCGUACAUUUUGCGGUGACAUAGUGUCCCCAUGAGUGACAGAACUCUGAGCCAAUCACUGCUCAACUAGAGAACAUUACCAACCCCUACGCUCUGUAUUUCCCGCUGGCUGCACCACCACCACAGAAAGCACUGAGCUAGGCUGAAACACCUGCAUUUUGGAGCUGCCUUACUCAAGAAAGCAAAAAAGAGACCAUGUUUGUAUGCGGCUCUGCACCACAUGCCCUAAAUGACGCGUCGCCACUGAAAACACUAGACAUCUUGAAUGACAUGGAGUGUAUUACACAGUUGUAAAUUGGUUUUGGUUAUAUCUAAUUAGAUCCUGGUCAAGUUGAAAUUUUGACAUAUGCAACAUCCGGAUGGCUCAAUAUUCAGUAUCACUGUGUAAUUUGUAGAAUAAAACACUAUUGUAUUGACAACUGUCCAUUUUGUCAUUUGGGUGGUCUUGCACAGAGAUUUCCGGAGAAAGGCCUGGGGAAAGGCUCAAAUGUCAGUUACAAAUGGGGUUUGAAAAGGGAAAGGUGAUAUCUAUUGUAAUUGAAGAGCAUAAAACAUACUGAUAGAUGCCCACUCCCUGGUUGCCAUCAGCCAAGUCUCUUGUCUGUUUCCUUCCUAAUUUCCAACUCCUGUGAAUGGCACCCGCAUCUCAGUCAGGCACCAACACACUCUACCACCCAGCCAGAGGGGCCGCCGAGCCGGUGUUGCAUCAGAUAACAUUUAUAUUAAUUACAUUCAUUUUGCAAAUAAGUCAAGGCGAAGGGCCGUUCUUUUAUGUACGCCAUAUCAUGGCACACAUAGCCCUUGGACAUCUCACCCUCUUUGCAUUUUGCGUGCAGACCAGGCCAGAGCAGGACAGUGUGCAGGGAUGUUUGUCCUGUGUGAACUGGUGUGGGUAGUAGGCUGUGGAGUUGAAAAUGAUCGACACGACCACUUAUCACAGGCAUUUUGCUGAUAUUGUUCAUUAAGAUAAGUAGCCUAUACUAGAGAAAUGUGAAGUUUGAAAUGAGUUUGUAAUAUUGGUAAUUGGGACAAUUGAUGGCUACAACCAUCAAACUAGUAGUAGGAUCAUUUUGAAAAACUGUGGUGCACAUGAAUGAUAUAAAUGUAUCAUUCUAUUUAUUGUUAUUGCAUCAAUUCAGGCAAUUUAUCACGAUAUGGAAUUUUGUCCAUAUCGCUGACCAGCUCUAGAAGGCACCACUUUUGCUGCUGCUACUCAGUUGACUGCUGUGAGAACGUACAGUUAGUUAGUUGUGUGAUUUAGCCUGGCGAGUGCUGCUGUUGUUAAUCUAUCCAUCGCCAUGCCACAGGGGCCCCUGCCAAACAUGUUAAUCUCUAUGUCUUCCCCACAGUUUGUAGAGAGACUCUGAAAUGGCAUUUAUGACAAAACUUUCCCAGUGGGUUAACCUAUGGAUGACUAGUCUAGGCUGUCUGUGUUAUAGGAUAGAUCAAAAGAGAGAGUAGUAGAUAGUGAGUAGUUGAUCAGAGAAUUAUCAUUUGUUUGUCUGUUAUCUCCUCUUCCUCUGCCUGGACUAUGGAGUAAUACAGGGAGCAAUGGCACCAUUUUUAUCUGCUACUAUAUGCCCUAAAGAGUUGCAUUGAAACUGAACAUCCCCCUCAAUUUGCCUACACUCUUAGAAGAAAAGGUGCUAUCUAGAACCAAAAAGGGUUCUUCGGGCAGGCCCCAUAGGAGAACCCUUUGAAGAACCCCAGUUGGUUCCAGGUAUAACCCUUUUGGUUCCAGGUUCCCUUUCCAGAGGGUUCUACAUGGAACCCAAAAUAGUUCUACCUGGAACCAAAAAGGGUUAUCCUAUGGGGACAGCCUCUUUUCUAAGAGUGUACUUUUUUUAUACCCAGGUCCAGACCCUGGUGACAGCACGCCAUACUACACCACCCAGUCUAUGAUCAAUCAGCCUAUUGGCCAGGCCCAGGACUUACAACAGAGCCAGCAGCACCAUCAGGCUGCUUCUCAACAAGCUCUUCUCCAAACCUAUGAUAACUACCACCCCAGCUCCAGCUAUGAAGUUCACAGUUCCAGAUACUGUCCCAUGGGACACCUCCCCAAGGCAUUCGACUGCCCAAGCAUCCAGAUCACGUCUAUCGGUCACAGUCACCAAGAGCUGGGCUCCAGCCAGGAGGCCGUGCCCAUCAGCGGGGCAGACGGCGGGGGGGAGUGCGGUCGUGAACGGUCCUGGUCCAGGGACCACCUCUACCUACCCCUGGACCCCGGUUACAGGGACUCAUCCUCCCUGAACCCCAGCCCUUGCAGCAGCCUGUCCUCCAGGAGCUGGCUGUCCGACGUGUCGUCCUGUGAGUCCUUCUCCCAUGUUUACGACGACGUGGAGGCUGAGCUGAACGAGGCGACUUCCCGAUUCACCAUGGGCUCCCCGCUGGCCUCUCCCCUGGCCUCCCCUGGCUGCUCACCACAGGGCCAGGCCGCAGUGGGAUUCGGGGUGGAGCUGUGGCAGCAGCAGUACUUCAUGAACACCCACUCCCUCUCGCCCCACCAGUCCCCUCGCCAGUCGCCCCGUCAGUCCCCCUGUCACUCUCCACGCAACAGCGUCACAGACGAGAACUGGCUUAACCCGCUCCCCACCUCCAGGUCCGGCUCAAGGCCCACAUCACCUUGUGGAAAGAGACGGCACUCCAGCGCAGACGUCUAUGGACACGGACCUUCCCCCUCCCCAUCCCCUCAUCAGUCCCCCUGCCCCACCCCGGGCCACUCUCCCAGGGGCAGCGUAACAGAGGACACCUGGAUGGUUGGAAGCCCUGGUGCCAUGGGGGCCCUCCUGUACAGCCUCCCUGAGGUAGACGUUCCUUCCAAAACCAGGAGGACCUCUAAGCAGGCUCACAUGGGUCUACUGCAUGGACAGGGAGACUCAGGGCUGGUGCUCAAAGACCAAGGAGUCGUGUUGCCUAACCUGGACUCCCCUGCAGAGGAGUCUGGGUCUACUCUAAAACAGGAUGGCCUUUUUGAAGAACUAUUUUUCUCAGUUCCCUCACACUUCACCUGGAGCAAACCCAAACCUGGCAACACACCCCUUUUCAGGUUUGUUAUUCAUAAAUUCUCACGUGUGCUUCAUCAUGCUAACCACCAGUUGAAAACUCAGCAUGGUGCAGACAUUGUACUACCAUAGCAACCUUAGCAAGGCCAAGGGUCAGGAGAGCAUAACUAGAGGUGAAGAACAAAACACCGACCUCCAUGUUUUUUUUUAACACCAAAUCUUAAUGACUAUGUUUAUGAGAAAGAAUGUCUGGGUUGUAUUCGUUAGCACACACUGUAGCAAACAUUUUUGUAAUGGAAAAUUAGCAUUUUUUAAUUGGCAAGUUCAGGUAGUCCUUCCCUGUUUCAGUCUGUUUUCUUCCAUUUGCUGCCUAAUUAAUACGACCCUGUGUUGCCUCCCCACCCAGGACCUCAUCCCUGCCCCCACUGGACUGGCCCCUGCCCAGCCAGUUUGGCCAGUGCGAGCUGAAGGUGGAUGUGCAGCCACGGGGCCACCACAGGGCCCACUACGAGACAGAGGGCAGUCGGGGGGCCAUCAAGGCUGCCUCAGGGGGACACCCUGUAGUCAAGGUAAAGAGAAAGUAUUUCACAACCUCAUGACACCAGACCUGGGUCCAAAUAGUAUUUGCACUUGGCAAGCUCAAUCUAGCACAGCUAAAGUAUUUAAACACAUACUAUUUGAAUCCAGGUCUGCAUGACAAAUAUAUGUAUAGAGGGUCACUGUCGGCUCUGACCUAGAAGAUCAAUAUGAUUGUGCCAAACUUUAUGCUUGGUUCACACAUAAAAAGUUGUGUUUUGAUAAACUGCUGUUUGCAGUUGUAACCUUGAGGUGUCAAUCAACGUGUGACAUCCUGAGAUAUCAAAGGAAGUGUUCUUGUUACACUGAACUGACUUAGUCUAAUAAGUUGAGUAGGUGUUUUGUGCAAUUACUCCCUUCCUGUUAUUACUUGAAUCAGGAAUGUGUUUAACAAUGUUAUCAGGGGUUUGUGACACUUGUUCAUAUAUUAGGCUCAGUAAAUAUGGGGGGUGAUGUAGCUUAUUCAAACCCAACCAACCACGAGCACUGGCGGCCCUAAUCUCAUGCUGUAUUUUCUCUCUCUCUCUCUCGCUCUCUAUCGCUCUGUCUCUCACUCUAUCUCUCUGUAAACGACAGAUACAUGGUAACCCUCAGACAGACAGCCUGUUAUUGUAGACAAACAGCUCUUCAUUUAACACAGGAGCGUGCAAGCGUGUGUGUGUGUACAUGUGAGCAUUGCCAUGGAAGCCAUAACUCCAGUAAACAACUAGGCUGUGCUGUGACUCACUACAUUUUAUGUUAUUUUAUUUUUUUAUUUAACCUUUAUUUAACCAGGUAAGCCAGUUGAGAACAAGUUCUCAUUUACAACUGCGAUCUGGCCAAGAUAAAGCAAAGCAGUGCGAUAAAAACAACAACAACACAGAGUUACAUAUGGAAUAAACAAAACGUACAGUCAAUGAUACAAUAGAAAAUCUAUAUACAGUGUGUGCAAAUGUAGUAAGUUAUGGAGGUAAGGCAAUAAAAAGAUCAUAGUGCAAAAUAAUUACAAUUUAGUAUAAACACUGGAGUGAUAGAUGUGCAGAAGAUGAUGUGCAAAUAGAGAUACUGGGGUGCAAAUUAGCAAAUUAAAUAACAAUGUAAAUAACAAUAUAGGGAUGAGGUAGUUGGGUGGGCUAAUUACAGAUGGGCUGUGUACAGGUGCAGUGAUCGGUAAGCUGCUCUGACAACUGAUGCUUAAAGUUAGUGAGGGAGAUAAGUGUCUCCAGCUUCAGAGAUUUUUGCAGUUCAUUCCAGUCAUUUGCAGCAGAGAACUGGAAGGAAUGGCUGAGUAGAGUGUUGGAAGCUAUUUUGUAAAUGACAUCGCCGAAGUCAAGGAUCGGUAGGAUAGUCAGAUUUACGAGGGCAUGUUUAGCAGCAUGAGUGAAGGAGGCUUUGUUGCGAAAUAGGAAGCCGAUUCUAGAUUUAACUUUGGAUUGGAGAUGCUUAAUGUGAGUAGAGUUUACGGUCUAAUCAGACACCUAGGUAUUUGUAGUUUCCACAUAUUCUAAGUCAGACCCGCCGAGAGUAGUGACUCUAGUCGGGCGGGCGGGUGCAAGCAGCGUUCGAUUGAAGAGCUUGCAUUUAGUUUUACUAGCGUUUAAGAGCAGUUGGAGGCCACGGAAGGAGUGUUGUAUGGGAUUGAAGCUCGUUUGGAGGUUUGUUAACACAGAGUCCAAUGAAGGGCCAGAUGUAUACAAAAUGGUGUCGUCUGCGUAGAGGUGGAUCUGAGAGUCACCAGCAGCAAGAGCGACAUAAUUGAAAUACACAGAGAAUAGAGUCGGCCCGAGAAUUGAACCCUGUGGCACCCCCAUAGAGACUGCCAGAGGUCCAGACAACAGGCCCUCCGAUUUGACACAUUGAACUCUAUCUGAGAAGUAGUUGGUGAACCAGGCGAGGCAGUCAUUUGAGAAACAAAGGCUAUUUAGUCUGCCAAUAAGAAUGCGGUGAUUGACAGAGUCAAAAGCCUUGGCCAGGUCAAUGAAGACGGCUGCACAGUACUGUCUUUUAUCGAUCACAGUUAUUAUAUCGUUUAGGACCUUAAGCGUGGCUGAGGUGCACACAUGACCAGCUCGGAAAGCAGAUUGCAUAGCGGAGAAGGUACGGUGGGAUUUGAAAUGGUCGGUGAUCUGUUAACUUGGCUUUCAAAUACUUUCGAAAGGCAGGGCAGGAUGGAUAUAGGUCUGUAACAGUUUGGAUCUAGAGUGUCACCCCCUUUGAAGAGGGGGAUGACCGCGGCAGCUUUCCAAUCUCUGGGGAUCUCAGACGAUACAAAAGAGAGGUUGAACAGGCUAGUAAUAGGGGUUGCGACAAUUUCGGUGGCUAAUUUUAGAAAGAAAGGGUCCAGAUUGUCUAGCCCAGCUGAUUUGUAGGGGUCCAGAUUUAGCAGCUCUUUCAGGACAUCAGCUAUCUGAAUUUGGGUGAAGGAGAAGCGGGGGGGGGGGGGCCAUGGGCAAGUUGCAGCGGAGGGUGCAGAGCUGGUGGCCGGGGUAGGGGUAGCCAGGUGGAAAGCAUGGCCAGCCGUAGCAAAAUGCUUAUUGAAAUUCUCGAUUAUCGUAGAUUUAUCGGUGGUGACAGUGUUUCCUAGCCUUAGUGCAGUGGGUAGCUGGGAGGAGGUGCUCUUAUUCCCCAAUGGACUUUACAGUGUCCCAAAACUUUUUGGAGUUAGUGCUACAGGAUGCAAAUUUCUGUUUGAAAAAGAUAGCCUUUGCUUUCCUAACUGAUUGUGUAUAUUGGUUCCUGACAUAUCGCGGGGGCUGUUCGAUGCUAAUGCAGUAUGCCACAGGAUGUUUUUGUGCUGGUCAAGGGCAGUCAAGUCUGGGUUGAACCAGGGGCUAUAUCUGUUCUUAGUUCUGAAUUUUUUGAAUGGGGCAUGCUUAUUUAAGAUGGAGAGGAAAGCACUUUUGAAGAACAUCCAGGCAUCCUCUACUGACGGAAUGAGGUCAGUAUCCAUCCAGGAUACCCGGGCCAGGUCAAUUAGAAAGGUCUGCUUGCUGAAGUGUUUUAGGGAGCGUUUGACAGUGAUGGGGUCCCGUGUAGCUCAGUUGGUAGAGCAUGGUGCUUGCAACGCCAGGGUUGUGGGUUCGAUUCCCACGGGGGGCCAGUAUGAAAAAAUGUAUGCACUCACUAACUGUAAGUCGCUCUGGAUAAGAGCGUCUGCUAAAUGACUAAAAUGUAAAUGAAAAUGAGGGGUGGUCAUUUGACCGCGGACCCAUUACGGAUGCAGGCAAUGAGGCAGUGAUCGCUGAGAUCCUGGUUGAAGACAGCAGAGGUGUAUUUAGAGGGUAAAUUAGUCAGGAUGAUAUCUAUGAGGGUGCCCAUGUUUACGGAAUUAGGGUUGUACCUGGUAGGUUCCUUGAUGAUUUGUGUAAGAUUGAGCGCAUCUAGUUUAGAUUGUAGGACGGCCGGGGUGAUAAGCAUAUCCCAUUUUUGGUCACCAAGUAGUACGAAAUCUGAGGAUAGAUGGGGGGCAAGCAAUUCACAUAUGGUGUCCAGGGCACAACUGGGGGCUGAGGGGGCUCUGUAGCAAGCGGCAACAGUGAGAGACUUAUUUCUGGAAAGGUGGAUUUUUAGAAGUAGAAGCUCAAACUGUUUGGGCACAGACCUGGAUAGUAUGAUAGAGCUCUGCAGGCUAUCUCUACAGUAGAUUGCAACUCCGCCCCCUUUGGCAGUUCUAUCUAGACGGAAAAUGAUGUAGCUUGGAAUGGACAUUUCUGAAUUUUUGGUGGCCUUCCUAAGCUCAGAUUCAGACACUGCUAUAACAUCAGGGUUGGCAGAUUGUGCUAACGCAGUGAAUAACUCAAACUUGGGGAGGAGACUUCUGAUGUUAACAUGCAAGAAACCAAGGCUUUUACGGUUACAGAAGUCAACAAAUGAUAGCGCCUGGGGGGUAGGAGUGAUACUGGGGGCUACAGGGCCUGGGUUAGCCUGGUUCCUCUCUAGGUUUCUUCCUAGGUUUUCGCCUUUCUAGGGAGUUUUUCCUAGCCACCGUGCUUCUACACCUGCAUUACUAGCUGUUUGGGGUUUUAGGCUGGGUUUCUGUACAGCACUUCGAGAUAUUAGCUGAUGUAAGAAGGGCUAUAUAAAAUAAAAUUGAUUGAUUGAUUGAUUGAUUAACCUCUACAUCAUCAGAGGAACAGAGGAGGAAUAGAAUAAGGAUACGGCUAAAGGCUUUAAGAGCUGGUCUUCUAGUGCGUUGGGUACAGAGAAGAGGGGCAGAUUUCCAGGCGUUGUAGAAUAGAUUCAGGGCAUUAUAUACAGACAAGGAUAUGGAAGGAUAUGAGUACAGUGGAGGUACACCUAAGCAUUGGGUAACUAUGAAAGAGAUAGCAUCACUGAAGGUGAUCUAAGGUGUAUGCAUUUAAACCCAUGGAUGGAUCACAGCUCAUACUCUAGUUACUCCAAAGUGCUGCACAUACACCAACAACCACACCCUUUGAUCUCUUAACAUUUUAAGUAUUCUGUGCUUGGGGUAUCACACUGGGCAUCACACUGGGUAUAUCACCAGAGCCAUGGCUCUGCGUAUCACCUAACGUUUAGCAGAGCACUACUUGCUAGUGGGGCUGGAAUACAAUCCCUGGAUCAGGGCUCAGAGUAUCACCUAACAUUGAGCAGAGCUCUAUUUGCCAGUGGGUACCGUCUAGCAGAGCACUAUUUGCCAGUAGGACUGCAGUGGAACUGGACUACCAUUUCUGGAUCAAGGUACAGCCAGGCUGGAUCAGAUGCAGGCUGAGAUAAGCUAAGCUUUAUUAAGGCUGGCUCUCGUGUAAUAUAUACCAGCUAGUCUAUUUUGGGGUGGCUUCAUUACUUCAUCACAGCUUCACUCUCUAGUCCUCUGUAAUGCCACUAGCAGUGUUUCCCUGUACAUUACAUCAAAUAGACGUGUUGGACAUUUCUCAACCUCAUGCUGGCUCUUCAGUGGCACAACUUAUUUUUGGUGACCUCAAAUGGUUUCAAUUGGGUAAUUUCAGUGCGGGCAAUCCAGGAUGUAAACUGCAUAGUGCAGUUCACAUUUUAGACAUUGUCUGAGUGUAUUGCUAUCUGUACAGAGCUUUGGAAUUGGUUUGGCAUACUGUUUCUAAACAGAUCCAAACACAGUUAUUCAAAUGUACAGUACACAGAACAUGUCUUUAAUGUAAAACCACAUCACGUUGUCUUAGAAAAUCGCUCUCGGAAAAAGAGUGCUCAUAAGAAUAAGUGAAACAUUGUGUAUUCAUAUAUUUGUAAAUCAAAUGCGGUAGUAUGCUUAUAUGAUUUCUAUGGAUUGGUUUCAUUUACAGCUCAUUGGAUACAACGAGAAGCCAGUCAACCUGCAGAUUUUCAUUGGAACGGCAGACGAUCGGUACUUGAGACCACAUGUCUUCUACCAGGUGCACAGAGUAACGGGAAAGACGGUGGCUACUGCUUGCCAGGAAAGUGUAAUAAGCAGUACAAAGGUUCUGGAAAUCCCUCUCCUCCCAGAAAACAAUAUGUCCACCAGGUACUGGUCAUAAGCAUACAAUAUUUAUGUUUUCAAAGCAUCACAAGGCUAAAAAUAUAACAUUUGUGCUUGUGAUUUAUUGGUAUUAUGAUUUAAAAUGUAAAAUGGCUUCCACUGUGAAUUCUAAUCAUUUUUGAAGAUUUAGAACAGAUGAUAGCGUGUUAAAAAUUGGAAUGGAUUUUCAUCUAAGAAUAAGCAUAUUUCUACACCUAGAAAAAAUAGAAACAGACAGACCAUAACUAUUUUGUCAUGGAAAUGUGGCUGCCUUCCAUAAUAGAAGAAUCCAGACAUUAUUUUGUCUCUAGACACUGGAUUAAGUCUCACACUAUCUGAUACCUAUUUGUCACUAUUCAACAAACUACAUAACGUCAUAAAAUUACAUGUGAAGAAUAUGAACUAUUUAUAGCAUUAUGGUCAUUCUUUAUUAGCCUCGAGGUUAGGACGUUGGGCAGUAAUCGAAAGUUUGCUGGUUUGAAUACCGGAGCCGAGAAGGUGAAAUAAUCUGUUGCUGUGCCCUUGAGCAAGGCAAUUAACCCGAAUUGCUCCAGGGGGGCUGUACAAUGGCACCCUGGCCUUGACCCCACUCCCUGCGGGUGCCUCAGUGGGAGUUGGGAUAUGCAAAAAAAUACAUUUCCAUUACAGGACAAAUGUAAGCACCCCAAAAGUAUUAUUAUUAUUAGCUUACUGUAAAUAAUAAAAUGGACAUGUUUAUAUUCAAAUGGCCUUUAUAUAAUGUUGUCUCAUGCUUGUAUUUCUCCCUCGACAGUAUUGACUGUGCAGGCAUCCUGAAGCUGAGGAACUCUGACAUUGAGCUCAGGAAGGGGGAGACAGACAUCGGGAGGAAGAACACACGUGUGCGAGUGGCAUUCCGUGUGUACAUCCCUCAGCCCAGCGGCAAGGUCCUGUGUCUGCAAGCUGCCUCUAUUCCUGUGGAGUGCUGUGAGUACCUUUAUUCAGUAGGCCGGCCUACAUACUGUAUAUACUAUACUAUACAUGAUUCAUAGAGUCCUGAGUUUUUCCCGAUUAUGGGACUUGAGCAGGAAUAAUCUUUAUUUAUAUAACCUAUAUUAAGUUCUUGGUAUAAUAAUUAGUUAAAGGCUAUAACUUGGGGCCAGAGUUUUUCCUGGUCAUGAAAUUACUUUAUACAGUACCUAAUGUUGUUUCACUGUUCAGUAUAUGUAAUAGUUAAAUGUAAUUGGCUUGCAGCCCAGCGCUCGGCCACAGAUCUUCCCCAGAUGCAGAGCUGCAGUCCCGUCAGCUGCUUGGUCAGUGGGGGGGAGGAGAUGGUAAUCACCGGCUCCAACAUAUCCCCAGAGUCAAAGGUCAUCUUCCUGGAGAAAGGCCCUGGUAAGAGACGUUGACACAGCCUUGACUUUAUAGAGUUCAUAGAAAGGCAAGACGAGAAACCUGGUUUGUCCUUUUCCUGAACCGUACUCGCUUGGAUAUGUUCUUUCCAGCACCGUUACAGAAACUAUAGUAAAGUAGCCUUGCCUUGUGUGAGCCGGAAUGGCUCAUAGGAGCAAGAGGCUAUCUCCUGUUUCUGUAGCGUGAGGCAGCUUGAUUACAAGUACACCCCCUGGACAGGAUGCUAGUCUAUCGCAGGGUCUUACCCCCAAUCUAUCUCCUUAAUGCUGAGUGCCAAGCUGUCUUUGGUAUGACUCGGCCGGGGAUCGAACUCCCAACCAUCCAAUCUCAGGGCGGCUAGUGUAACCAUGAGGCCACCGAGUUGGUCCAUCAACUAUGGUGAUGCAUAACCAGGCCAGCACAGUGCAGCUUUACUUGACUUGGCUCAGUAGUGUGAAAAGGUAUAAAAACGAAAAGGAAUAUAUAUUUUCAUUAACACAACUUCAACAGAGGUUUAAUGUGUUAAUUGUGAUGUUUUAUCUCUCCAGAUGGACGCACACAGUGGGAAGUUGACGGAAAAGUUAUUCAAGAAAAGAGUAAAAGAGUAAGUAGAAACGUAAAUUACAUUAUUAAAGUUAGCCUACAUUAAAUCGACCUCCCAAACCCUGGAUCCCUUGAAUAGAUGAUAAAUAAUUUUGAAACAUUCUCUUUGCAGUCCAGAAUCGUGGUUGAGAUUCCUACCUACCACAACACCACUGUGAGCUCUGCAGUCCAGGUGCAGUUCUACGUGUGCAACGGGAAGAGGAGAAGAAGCCAAACGCAAAACUUCACAUACUUGGCUGGUGCUUCUCCACACAAUUAUCCCACUGCCAGUGACCAUGCAGUUGUGGCUCCUCGGGUGAAGCAGGAGCUCACCGACUCAACCUAUCUGUCUACUUGCACCAAUCUCCCUGGCCUAUAUCCAACCAGCAGCCAGCUGAAUUCUUCUGACGGGGCCUUCUCUCAGGACAGGCCCUUGUAUGGUUCCUCUGAUAGUCACCCUGUGCCUUGUGGUCCGCCCUCCCAGCCAGCAUACACUCCCUCAGGCUCCUCGCCUCUUCAGCACUCCCCUCACCUCCACAGCUACAGUCCCAGUAUGGGAUACCAGCGGAUAAGCCCUAUGCAUACACCUGAUCCAAUGCCACCCCCUCAGACAAAGCCUGUCUACCAGGCCACACAACAUAAUGUGCCUUACAGCGUCCAGGCCAGCUCUCCUAUGAGACCUGGCCCUGCCGCACCCCAGGUCAAUCGACCUCAGUCUGCCCAGCCCAGGCCAGCUGCCUCCAGCCCUCAUAGGGAAGGUGUGAUGUACCAGAGCCUCAUUGGACCUGAUCUCUCUGUCGCCACUCUCCAGUCUGCCAGAACCCAUACCCAGAAUGCAACCCAGCUGCAGUCUCUAAUAUCCCACUGCUCCCACUCGGACUCUGACCUAGCUGCUCUACAGGCUGAGUAUAAUCUGAGCUACCACUCUGCCAGAAACUUGCCUGCCUCGUAUUCCCCCACCCCUGGAGUAGCAGCAACCUGCUCCAACUCCCCGUCAGCAUCAGCCUCCUCUGGGGAUCCCCUGAGGCACCUGUCCCCGAGCAGCGCCCAGGGGCUGGCCUCUGGUAUCGACCCCCAGGAGUGUCCCCCGGCACCCCAUUCCCUCUUCUCAUCAAACGACAGAGGGAGGGUGAACAUCAAGCAGGAACCAAAGGAGAAGCUGCCUCUAGGCUCCAUGGGGCUCCAGGAGAUCACACUAGAUGAUGGUAAGAGGUUCAUAUGAUACACUACAUGGCCAAAUGUAUGUGAAUACCCCUUCAAAUUAGUGGAUUUGGCUAUUUUAGCCACACCCGUUGCUGACAGGUGUGUAAAAUCGAGCACACAGCCAUGCAAUUUCCAUAGACAAACAUUGGCAGUAGAUUGGCCCGUACUGAAGAGCUCAGUGACUUUCAAUGUGGCACCGUCAUAGGUUGCCACCUUUCCGACAAGUCAGUUCGUCACAUUUCUGCCCUGCUAGAGCUGCCCCAGUCAACUGUAAGUCAUGUUAUUGUGAAGUGGAAACGUCUAGGAGCCACACGGAUCAGCCGUGAACUGGUAGGCCACAUAAGCUCACAGAACAGGACCGCCAAGUGCUGAAGCGCGUAGAGCGUAAAAAUCGUCUGUCCUCUGUUGCAACACUCACGACCGAGUUCCAAACUGCCUCUGGAAGCAAGGUCAGCACAAGAACUGUUCGUCGGGAGCUUCAUGAAAUGGGUUUCCAUUGCCGAGCAGCCGCACACAAGCCUAAGAUCACCAUGCGCAAUGCCAAGCAUCGGCUGGAGUGGUGUAAAGCUCGCCCCAUUGGACUGUGGAGCAGUGGAAACACGUUCUCUGGGGUGAUGAAUCACGCUUCACCAUUGGCAGUCCGACGGACGAAUCUGGGUUUGGCGGAUGCCAGGAGAACACUACCUGCCCGAAUGCAUAGUGCCAACUGUAAAGUUUGGUGGAGGAGGAAUAAUGUUCUGGGGCUGUUCAGAGCCCUGACCUCAACCCCAUCUAACACCUUUGGGAUGAAUUGGAACGCCAACUGCGAGCCAGGCCUAAUUGCCCAACAUCAGUGCCUGACCUCACUAAUGCUCUUGUGGCUGAAUGGAAGAAAGUCCCCUCAGCAAUGUUCCAACAUCUAGUGGAAAGCCUUCCCAGAAGAGUGGAGGCUGUUAUAGCAGCAAAGGGGGGGACCAACUCCAUAUUAAUGCCCAUGAUUUUGGAAUGAGAUGUUCGACAAGCAGGCUUUUGGUCAUGUAGUGUAUCAAUGUUCUUUGGGGUAUUUAGAGCUCUGUCACAAACUGGGCCAUUAGUAAUGAAUGAAGGGAGAGAAUGGAUUUCUGAUGUCUUAUUUAUUUUAUUCUCAGGAGAGUUACUUUAAACAAUGGGUUAGAAAUAACUUUACAGUGCAGAAAGCAAUGAAUGCAUUGCACUGUGGGCUAGGCGAUAGGGAGCUGGGUAAAUCCAUUUGAAUUCAAUCACUUUUUGACAGCAUCCCUUUUGAUUUAAACUAAACUUUCCAUACAUGUUUGCCCAUGGAAGAAGUGGUCAGAAAGUGAUUUUCUGGACCUGAAUACCAAAACAUUUAGGAGAUAAAAGUAUUUAUUCAUAGUUGACCCAUUUUUCAUAACAUACUAUGAGACAUCCAUGUCUUCAUCACUGGGAAAAUAUAAAGUUGAGUUUGAUAUAAUUUAAAAUCUUACAAACAGGGUUGUCAAACUAUUUUACAAUUUCUUGAAUUAAAAAAAAUAAAUACAAUUUAUUCAAGUUUCCCAUUUUACAGUCAUAAAUAAUUCACAUCAAUACAUUUGAGUUCAUAACUGCAUAACAAUAAUUACAGAGUUAAUAGUGUCCAUGGAAGUUUUUUUUGUCCAUCUUAUUUCUUCUUUUAGUUCCGAUUUGAUUUGUAAAAAAUAUAUAUAGUGUUGAAAAAAAAGAGUUGUCUUAUAGGCAUCUUGUCUUCCAAAUGUUACUGUUCACAAUGCAUAUUAUUGUCCACAAUAUUUGUUUAGUAAUGUCAAUGCAUAUUAUUGUCUACCAUACUUUAGUAAUGUCAUCCAUGUGAAUAUCGAAGACCCCGUGAAACACAGACUUGGGAUUUAUACAUAGGCCUACAUCAAACCCGAUCAUUCUCAUCAAAUCCCAUAUUUCUUUAUUUCUGUAAUAUUUCACUAAAAGGUGUUCUAAAUUCUCUUCAUCAUGACAAUUAGGCAUAGGACACUAUUUACUUUUGACAAAACAACUCCAAUUUACUACAGCACGCACUGGUAAACAUCGUACGGAAAUCAACCAGAAAUAUAUAUCACUUUAUAAAUAGUUUUGUUCAAGAGACUGUUCCAGUUAAUAUUUAAUUGUCUGAGAUACCCGAUCAUUAGGUUCCAUCACCGUAUUAAAAUCCCCACAUAUACAGUAAUUACUGAAUAUCUCACACAUAAAUAGCCCCUAGUUUCAUAAAUAAUAGCUUUUUCUUAGAUGCUGUGUAUACAUUUAUCACUCUUAUUUUCCUUCCUCUAAAGAAGCAGAGUCCAAUAUUAAUUAAUCGAUGUCUGCAGUGGCUGGUAUUCUAA